AUGGACUCUUCCUCUUCCAGCAGUUUAAAAGACAAGCUCGUUUUCAUCACCGGUGCAGGCUCAGGCAUUGGACGGGCCACCGCCAUCAAGCUCUCCUCUCUCGGCGCCAUUUUGUAUCUAACCGACAUUUCUAUUGAGGGUCUAGGAGCGACAUUACUCUGCUGCACACCUCACGACAGACACAAACACCGCACUCGCUGCAUCGACGUUUCUUCCGACUUAGACUGCGAGCUUGCCAUCGCCGAGGCUACCGUCGGCUUCGGCCGCAUCGACCAUGUCUUCAACUGCGCCGGCAUCAACCCCACCGCGUACCCAUUGACGGAGACACCGGUCGGCUACUUCGAGCGUUUGCUCUCCGUCAACGUCAUGGGGGUGUAUAACAUUACGCGUCUCGCGAUUCCGCAUCUCCCGCAGCACGCGGGGUCAAGUAUUGUGAAUGUCGCGAGUAUCUCGGGGCUGAAACCGUCGAAGAACGUCGCGACGUACUGUGCAACAAAGUAUGCAGUGGUGGGCUUCAGUAAGAGCAUGGCGCUCGAGUUGGGAGAAAAAGGGGUCCGAGUCAAUGUCGUAGCGCCGGGGUAUAUAUAUACGCCGACGAAUGGGAGUGUGAGGAGGGGAGAAGACGCAGUAAAGAGGGCAGAGAAAGAUGUGAGUAUGGGACGGUUCGGGACCGCAGAGGAGGUGGCAGAUGUCGUGGCAUUUUUGAUGAGUGAGGGAGCAAGGUAUAUGAAUGGCAGUGUUGUACAAAUUGACGGAGGUAAGUAA